AACAAGACUUCUGUGCUUCAGGUGAAGGCACUGAAAGAGAAGAUUGAAUCAGAAAGGGGGAAAGAUGCUUUUCCAGUUGCUGGUCAAAAACUAAUUUAUGCAGGUAAAAUUCUUAAUGAUGAUACUGCUCUUAAAGAAUACAAAAUAGAUGAGAAGAACUUUGUGGUGGUUAUGGUGACAAAACCCAAAGCAGCAACUACAACAAGCCCAACUACAGCAACUCAGCAGACUAAUUCCACUACUGGCAUUAGUGUAACAACUGCAGCUCCCACACCAGUCUCUGCACCAACUCCUGCAGCUGCUCCUGUGCCAGUUCCGGUCCCUACCACUCCAGCACCAGCUGCAGUUGCUUGUGAAUCUGCACCUGUGAGUACUCCUAAAGAAGAAAAGCCAGCAGAAAAUCCACCAGAGGCACCAACUGCUGUCGGCCUGUCAUCAAAUGAAAGGUAUGAAUGGACCUCCAAAAAUGGCUUCUCUUGUCCAUUUCAGUUGCUUCUAGUUCUGGCUUUGAGUAUUCCAUUACAGUAUUAGUCCAAUCCUGUUUUCUGUUCUGUGUAACUUUUCUUCUUGUCUGUAACUUCAGUCUCUGACUCAGCUACAAUAUCACUUUGUACUUUUUCAUGUGGGAAUGUAGUCUUUUGACAAAACGUGUGGGAUGGGGAAUUUAAUGUCAUAGGAAUAGUUGUUCUGCCUCCGGGUGAUUCAGAAUGACUGUGGCCCAAAAUUUGUUAUGGUGAUAUUCAGCUGUGUGGAGAACUGCUGUUACCAAAGCUUUUCAAAGAGGUGUGUCCUCUGUUGCUCAUAGAACUCUGGUUAUGUUUUGAAUCGUUCAUCAUACAGGUUAGCUUUGAACCAUGCUCUGUAUUACCCUUAACUUUCGGACAGAGCUUUUUUUUUAUUUUUUUCCAAAGCAUGAAUUAAAACAUUGCUCUUAAUCAUGUAAUAACUUAAAUCCACUUUAGUCAUUCUGACUAAUACUUGGCCAAUGUGCCAGGUAUCUGUGGGAACUGGGAUAUCUUUUAACCUCAAUUCUCAACAUUCAGGAAAAUCAAGUGCAAAGUUAGAGGUUACCUCCCUGUUCUAUACUCUGGACUUCGCUCACCUGAAUUUACAUAAGUGUUGCAUGGGAUUAGAAUCUUGUUAACUAUAGUUUAAUAGCCUUUGAGUGCUGCUUAGUGUCAAGUCUUUAUUUUUCAUACUGGUUUGCAAUUAUUUCUGUAUUAUUUAUGUGAAUUUCCAGUGCAUAGGACAUUAAUUUUUGAAAUGGUUGUACUUAAAUGCCAUCAAAUAUUGAUUUGUUUUGUUGCUGAGGAAAGAAAACUUUUAAUUGGCUAAUGUCCUUAAAAUCUCAGAACAGAUUUCAUGCACUAAAUACCUUAAUUGUUGAUUUAAUUUUGCAAAAAAAUUACAUCUGAGAAAUUACAUCUGUUUAUGACAAGUUACAAAUGAAUCUUCACUUGUCAGUAGAAUAACUUUAAUUUUUUAAUGAGUGCUUUUUUUGCUGCUCAGUUUGUACAGUGGGUUUGAAGAUAAAAAUUUUAUCUUUAGUAUUAAAACAACUUUACAUAUUUUUCAUGUAGAGACUGCAGUGUUGUAAAAUCUGCAGUAAGAGAGUCUCAGUGUAAAUACAGAAGGAGGAAGCAAAAGAAGAGCCUGAGAAAUACUAUGUGUUAUUACCUGCGUUGAUUUUUUUUUUUUUUGCUGACUACUUCUUGGUUUUGAUUUGCUUUAGAAGCUAAAUUACUAAGGCCGAUAAAGCAUGUUU